AGAUCAGGCGCGUACGCGAUGCUCCUCGGACCAUAAACACUCCGUUCACCUGCUGCUGCUGAUGCUACUGAGCUACUGCCAAGGAGAUCCGAGCCACAUCGACACACUGAGUUUAUUUCAUAAAACAACAACAACAGCAACAACAAUAUAAACUAUCCAUUAAAGUGGAAGCGCCAGGAGCGCAGAGACGCAGCGGAACCGGGAAUAGGACACUAUCACCACCACCACCACCAUCAUCAUCAUCAUCAUCCGUCUCAACUGAGAUUAAAGAGGAUCACUCUGUCCUCUGUCUCUUUUUAGGAAACAACCAUGUCCUCGUCCGGGAAAGAACACAGUGCCGCCCAGCAUGCCAAUUACGUGGGACCGUACCGCUUGGAGAAAACGCUGGGGAAAGGACAGACAGGUCUGGUGAAGCUGGGAAUCCACUGUGUAACGUGUCAGAAAGUCGCUAUAAAGAUCGUCAACCGAGAGAAACUCAGUGAAUCUGUCUUAAUGAAGGUGGAACGAGAAAUCGCUAUUCUCAAGCUAAUAGAACACCCACACGUUUUAAAGUUGCACGACGUCUACGAAAACAAGAAAUAUUUGUAUUUGGUUCUAGAGCACGUGUCUGGAGGAGAACUGUUUGACUACCUGGUGAAGAAGGGGAGAUUAACACCCAAAGAGGCACGCAAGUUCUUCAGACAGAUCAUCUCUGCUCUGGAUUUCUGUCAUAGUCACUCCAUAUGCCACCGGGACCUGAAGCCAGAGAACCUGCUGCUAGACGAGAAGAACAACAUCAGGAUAGCAGACUUCGGCAUGGCCUCGUUGCAGGUUGGGGACAGCCUCCUGGAAACUAGCUGUGGGUCACCUCACUACGCCUGUCCUGAAGUCAUCCGGGGAGAGAAAUAUGAUGGCAGGAAAGCAGAUGUAUGGAGCUGUGGGGUCAUUCUGUUUGCUCUGCUGGUGGGAGCACUGCCGUUUGAUGAUGAUAAUUUACGAAACUUGUUAGAAAAAGUGAAGCUGGGAGUUUUCCACAUGCCACACUUUAUUCCUCCGGAUUGCCAGAAUCUUCUACGAGGAAUGAUUGAAGUGGAUGCUAGCAAACGGCUUACGUUAGAACAGAUCCAGAAGCACACGUGGUAUAUCGGGGGAAAAAAUGAGCCGGAGCCGGAGCAGCCCGUGCCGAGGAAGGUGGCGAUCCGCAGUCUGCCAUCGGCUGAUGACAUCGAUCCGGACGUACUGGAGAGUAUGCACUCGCUCGGCUGCUUCCGAGACAAGAACAAGCUGAUGAAGGACCUGCUGUCAGAUGAUGACAACCAGGAAAAGAUGAUCUAUUUCCUGUUACUAGACCGGAAGGAGAGGUAUCCAAGUCAUGAAGAUCAGAACCUCCCACCACGCAAUGAUAUAGACCCCCCACGGAAACGCGUGGACUCCCCCAUGCUGAACCGGCACGGGAAGAGGAGACCGGAGCGCAAGUCCAUGGAGGUGCUGAGUGUGACAGACGGAGGGUCACCAGUGCCAGCGCGCAGAGCCAUCGACAUGACACAGCAUGGACAGAGUAAAACAAUGUUCAGUAAAAGCUUGGAAAUCUCUGAUGCCCCUCUCAAGUGCAGCAAAGAGGAAAGGUCACGCUCUAUCAGCGGCGCAUCCUCGGGUCUCUCCACCAGUCCGCUCAGCAGUCCAAGGGUGACCCCUCACCCCUCCCCCAGGGGCAGCCCUCUGCCCACUCCCAAAGGAACACCUGUCCACACGCCGAAGGAGAGCCCUGCGGGAACGCCGACCCCCACGCCACCUCCCAGCCCCUCCAUUGGCGGCAUGCCCUGGAGGACACGUCUCAACUCCAUCAAGAACAGCUUCCUGGGCUCUCCACGCUUCCAUCGCAGGAAACUACAAGUUCCUACUCAAGACGAGAUGUCCACCCUCACACCGGAGUCUUCCCCAGAACUUGCCAAAAAGUCCUGGUUUGGUAAUUUUAUCAACCUGGAGAAGGAGGAGCAGAUCUUCGUGGUGAUCAAGGACAAGCCUCUGAGCUCCAUUAAGGCAGACAUAGUGCAAGCCUUUUUAUCGAUCCCUAGUCUCAGUCACAGUGUGAUUUCCCAGACGAGUUUUCGAGCAGAGUACAAAUCUACGGCAGGUCCUACUGUCUUCCAGAAACCUGUGAAGUUCCAGGUGGACAUCACUUACACAGAGAGCAGCACAGCCACGAAAGAAAAUGGCAUCUACUCCGUCACCUUUACCCUGCUCUCAGGUCCGAGUCGACGCUUUAAGCGGGUGGUGGAGACGAUCCAGACUCAGCUGUUAAGCACACAUGAUCAGCCAGGAGUCCAGCAGCUGGCUGGCAGCCCAUUGAGUAACUUCUUUGACGUAAUUAAACAACUUUUUUCAGACGAGAAGAACAGCCAGGUGUUCCAUCCACCUGGUGCACCCAACAGACCCCCACGGCACGAUCCCGAGCCUAGUGACUCUAAAUGCCUGGUAGGAAAUGCCAGGGACAAUGCCAGGAUGGUGGCCUCUGUUGGGACACAGGAGCAGCCCUAGAAACCUGUAGAAAUAAUGCAGCCGUCCCCACAUACUGACUUACAUCCUGUCAGCAGUCAUGCAACUAAUCUAGACCCUAUAAAUGUUUGUAUGAUGAAAUGACUUUAUAAUGAUGAACAUGUCACGAUAAGCACACACUCUUCCUCCCUCAUGCCAUUUCCUUAGACUUGUCUCCAUUGUCAUCAUCUGUGACAGGCUUUCAUUUUCCUUUGUGUCCACUGUCCUCACUUGUCUGAUGACUUGUUUUUACUACCAGGAAUUAUCCAGAAAAGCUAUUAACACCCCGCUCCCCUGCUCCACCCACGUUCUUUGACGGAGGGCGCUGUUCAUAACGACGAAAACCCAGGCACAUCAUCCUUCAUCUUCACCUUCUUUUACCUCUCUCCAAUAACUUUGUGGUCCUUGAGGAAAACAUACACACCGACACCAACAUCCAGCUCCAUGCUUCACCUUCUCCCCUUCUUCUCCUCUCUUCAUCUGCCCUUACACAAUCCGACGUACAAAGGAACUUUUUUUACGUCUUCAGCUCGCUACACGCACGACAUGUACUACAGAUACAAAUGCAGACAUGCACAACUCUGGGAUGGACUCGCAAAGGACAAAACAAUGUGAGACAUGGAGAAGAAAAAAAAAGACUGAUUGUCCCAACGGGAUAAAACUCAUCACAGAUUGUAUUGUCAUUUUCAGUGAUGACUUAAAUUAGAUGCUCUUGAUCUAGAAGCUCUGCUGCAGAAGGACCUAUAUGCCUAUAUUGCUCCAGUGGGAUUGGGGGUCAUGUAGAAAGGAAUGAGCUGCUGCUUCAGGAGCUUAUCUAAAUGAAUCAUUUCCAUUGUACAGACUCAUGUAUAACAAAAUGCCUAGAUGUGCUACUAAUAUUUCAUUUCGUUGUAGAUUCUGACUGAAAUCUUGUGCUAUCAC